AUGGCAGUUGGUGACAUGAUUAUAACUCUUGCAUCUUCAUAUUUGGCUAACCAUUAUAUUCAUAACGGAUACCAAUGGACUGGAAAUCCUUUGGUUGGAGAAUAUCUAUUCUGUCGGUUGCUACCAUCGUUCAAUUAUAUCUGCAUGCUAUGUUCCGUUUACAGCCUUGUUUUCGUUACUUUUGACCGGUUCCUGGCAGUCACACGCCCUCUUAARUACAAGAAYAAGGCUUSCUGGACAAGAUAUACGAUACCAGCCAUUUGGGUAGCAUCAUUAGCACUUCCAAUAAACUAUGUGCUGAGAAAAAUAACAUAUUGCUCGGUAGAAGGAAAGUUUUAUUGCCUUCCAAAGGUGUUCGAGGUUGAUGCUAUUUUGUUGAUAACYCUUGGGUAUGGCGCUCCUCAUGUCGUCAUAGUGGUGCUGUACGUAGGAAUCGCCUUCAAACUCUGGACAAGAAGAGUUCCUGGUGAGCAAACUCAAGAAACCAAUGGCCAGAUUGCUGCUCAGCAAGUUGCAAGAAAAAUUACUCGAAUGAUUAUCUGCAUUCUUGUUGCUUUUGAAGUAUCGUGGACUCCACUAAUGUUCGGUUAUAUAUUACAGUCUCUCUUUUUUGGAGAGCAUAAUGAAAAUGGUAUUGUGAGGCUGGGAUAUACAACGCUGGUGGUCACUAAUGGUAUAUCCAAUGCUGCUAUUUUUGCUGUUUUCAAUGAGAACUUUAGACAUGCUUUCAAGCAAGUGUGGAUUUGCAAAACCAUAAGUACAGCUCUGAGAAAACUGUUUGAUAUACUAAGAAGAAAGAAGGAAAUUCCAAGAAUCGACAACAACGCGCCACAACUGGGCCGCUGA